UUAGAACAGUCCCGUGACGACUUCUGAUUCUAUGCCACAAUGGUUUACCCCACGUACGAUACGGAAAUAUCCGUCUUCUCCCCAGUCAGUGUUCCACGAGUUCGCAACCGUCCAGUAUUUCGUCCCAUUUUCGAUUCCCCAUCCAAGGAUUUUCACCGAAUGUGCACCCUGCUUUUUGCCAGCCGUGUGAACGUAAAUCCCUCUUUUGUAGUAAGCGAAGUCUUCAUAGACUGUAAACGACGCUUGAACUGGUCCCAAUUCCAUGAUAUCAGCCCGGAUGACAAGUUCAUCAUCCAGCACCCAGUAUGCUAAUCUUGCCCUUAUCUUGUCGGCUUCAUAGCGUUUUCCGUACCCAUACUGGCAGUACUUUCGGCAUACUGGUGUCUUAUACACAUGCUUUGGACAUUCGCCAUAAUAUUUCUGGCCUUGAUGAAAUCCGCAUGGAUGGAAAACGUACGGCAUACAGACUCCCUCCUCCUGGUAUCUUCCACCAGUGCACACACCUACAAUUUGAGCGUGGGCCCAUGCUCGAGUGCCAUAACCACCUUGACACCCAAUUCCACAGAAUCUUCCACAGCAUGCGAGAAAAUCGGUGUCCGAUAUCAAUGUUUUAUUUUUACCUCCUGACUGAACGCAAAUACGAUCGGACAUGGUUGCCGCAGCAGCGACAGCCCAGCAUGAGCCUGUAA